GUCAGCCGUGCAGCCAGUUUCACGAGAAUCGCCGUUUUCGUCCUCGAACGUCAAUCACAAGCAUCAGGAAGCAAUUACCGACAAUAAAACUCCCAAAUUAGUCAUUGCAGGCUCAUUCCAGCGCCAGUUUGUUACUCACGAGACCGCCGUAUGCUCGACAGAGAGAGAGAGAGAGGGCAUCGAUUCUGUGGCUUUCGCAGAGGCGCGCUGCCGAUGUCGUCACAGGCGCUAAACACGGGGAGAUUCUCAGAAAAGCAAUCCCGAGAAGUCAGACAAACUGAACAAGGCAAACCCUGCAGUGCUCAGUUUGUCGUUCAGUUUUAGGGCACGAGCUAAACAGAAACGCCGCUCGUUUUCGAGAAGCAUGUCCGCGUUAUCAACUCGAGCAGUUUGUUAAACAAAUUGGCGGACGGGUCGCGCGCACUUGUGUGACAGCCAGAGACAGAAUUACUGACCCAGUGUCCGGACGCUCCUCACCGCCACCGAGAUCCAGGAACAGCGGUUGUUUUUACAAGCCCGAGAGGAAAAUCUCAGCAUCAAAGAAACUUUAAGGAAUCCGGCAGAUUUCAGACCGGACAUCUUCAUUAUGAUAUUGUGCGUUGAAGGCCCCAGCCCGAGAGCUCUUUUGCCUUUCUCUUCACCGAGACGCAUUGACGAACCUUUUCUCACCAUAGAGGACGCUAGCAAAGAUUACAGGGCCCUCACCCUCAACUACUCCUAUCUGGAUGCCUCAGGUUGGUACUGGGGUGGCAUCUCUGCCAGUGAGGCCCACUCCGUUCUAAAGGGGGCAUCGGAGGGCACUUUCUUGAUACGGGACAGCAGCCACCCUGACUACAUGUUGACCCUGUCGGUUAAAACUGUUCGCGGGCCCACAAACGUCCGCAUCGAGUACAGUCAAUGUAGUUUCAGUCUGGACUCCAGCUCUCCAGCCAGAUCUCACCUGCAGUCCUUCCCCGACGUCCACAGCCUCGUGCAGCACUACGUGGGCUCCAAGAGCGAAAAACAUGAAGAGAAGAUGGAGGAGGCCCAUCACGUCAUUUCAUCGGCACCCAAGGAAUGCUCAGUACUGCUAAAACUCAAAAAACCAAUCCAUUGUCCUCAAGGCUUUCCUUCUUUGAAGCAUCUCACUCGCUUGGUCAUCAACAAACACACCAGCAGCACAGAAAUGCUGCCUCUGCCCAAUCCGUUGCUUUAUUAUCUGCAGAAUUAUCCCUUUCAGCUCUGACGAUGCCAUUGAAAUUGCACAGAAUGGCCAAUCGUGAGAUGUUUUGAAGUAAAUGCACAACCCUAACAGUUGGGUCUUGAAGAAGCAGUGUUAACCACUUGAAGAAAGAGAGACUCUUUGUUUUUUCUUUGACGGUCAGCAAGUCUAUCCUGAGAGACGAGUCUGUUUUUUCCAGAAACUGAAGUCAUGAUUUUAACCGUCGUGUCAUGCUGUUAAAAGCACGGCAGGUUAAACUUACAAGCUUGGGGUCUGAAGGGUGAAUCGGGGAAAUUUCUGAGGCCACUUUAGGAACGGUUGGAAAUACGAACACCAGCUUGUCUGAAGCACAUUCGUAACUUAGCUGGAUCUCCAGAAAGGUGAGAUUUAGUCACUGCGCUGCCUUGACUGGAAGUGGUCCUUUCCUCGGAAGUGAAAUGCGGUGAAAUGUUUUUGACUAUUUUAAUCAAGAUUUACAUCUUUCUUUUCUAUUCCCACGAUGUGGAGUUUGUAUGUAUUUAUGGAUGCAAGAUCCUUUGGUUUUUUGUAAUAAAAGGUGACAAUCAAA